UUCGUUCACUACCAAGUUCAUGGGAGACGAUGUGUCAAAACUUGACCCAUAAUGAGAACAUCAAAACAUUUGAUGAUGUGGCUCGUCACUUGGAACUUGAAGCUGAGCGCCUUGAAGCAACCAAGCCGAUUAGUUCUGUGCACAUGGCUGAGACUAGCUCGCGUAAGGCAUCUAGGCCUAAACGCAAGCAACCCGAUUACGCUCCUGGACAAGAGAGACCUAAUGGGCCACCGCCUAAGAAGGCUAAGUUUGUCAAGCGGAAUACUAGAGGAAAGCGCGCAAAGAAGGACAAGUCUAAGUUGACUUGUUAUAAUUGCGGAAAGAAAGGACAUUUUGCUCGUGAAUGCGCUGAGCCCAAAAAGACUCAGCGGCAACAGAACAUGUAGCAAGAGAUAGAGUGGGAUUUGUGGAGUACCGCCGGAUUCCUAUUGGCAGUAGAGACAUCAAGGUGGGAAACGGAGCUAGCGUAGAGGUACUUGGAAUUGGUACCUACAAGCUAGAAUUGCGAGGUGGUCGCACUCUGUUGCUCCAUGACGUGUUGUAUGCUCCAGAGAUCCGGAGGAACUUACUUUCCGUAGUUACUUUGUUAAGACUUGGUUUCCGGUUUAUUUUUGAGAAUAAUUAUGUUUUAUUGCAUUUGGGAACAGUUUAUU